AUGGCCUCUGAAUCCAACCUCUUCCAGCCCAUCCAAGUCGGUGAUGUCACGCUGCAGCACAGGGUCGCCAUGGCGCCCUUGACGCGUUUCCGCACGGACGAGAACCACGUCCCGUUCGACGUCGUCACUGAGUAUUACGCGCAGAGGGCCAGCGUGCCCGGGACGCUGCUCAUCAGCGAAGCUAUCUUCAUCGCGAAGAAAGCAGGGGUGUUCGCCGCGGGCUACAACGCGUACAUACCAGGUCUUUGGAGCAGCGAACAGGUCGAGCAGUGGAAGAAGGUGACCGCUGCUGUGCACGCCAAAGGCUCGUACAUCUAUGCUCAACUAUGGGCCUUGGGCAGGGCAUCCGAUGCCGCAGCGAUGGAACGGCUGGGCCUGCCAUACGUCUCUGCUUCCGACCUCCCCCUACCCGGUCAGACUGCUGUUCCUCGGCCUCUUACCCGAGAGGAGAUCCACGAGUACGCGCAGCUGUAUGCCCAGGCCGCCCGGAAUGCUGUAGAGGCAGGCUUCGAUGGCAUCGAGGUCCACGGAGCGAACGGGUACCUUGUCGAUCAGUUCCUGCAGGAUGUGACGAACAGGAGGACGGACGAGUACGGCGGUUCCGUCGAGAACCGGUCUCGCUUUGCACUCGAGGUUCUUACAGCGAUCGUCAAAGCUAUAGGAGAAAAGAAGACUGCGAUCAGGCUGAGUCCAUGGGAGCGCAUGGGCAUGGCCAACCCCAAACCUACCUUCACCUACGUUAUCAGAUCCAUCAAGGAACUGUUCCCGAACUUUGCCUACAUCCAUGUGACAGAGCCUCGAAUCUACGGCAACACCGACCGCGAAGUCGUCCCAGCCGGCGAAUCCAACGACUUUGUCUACGAUCUUUGGCUGCCGAAGCCCUUGGUCAUCGCAGGCGGCUUCACACGCGAGUUGGCGCUGGAGGCAGCGGCACGAGGGAAUGUAAUUGUCGCCUUUGGGAGGUAUUUCAUCUCCACUCCCGAUUUGCCGCUCCGCUUGCGGAAGAACAUACCGUUGAACAAGUACGAUCGGCCAACGUUCUAUACCACAGGGAUAGAGGGGUACAUUGAUUAUCCGUUUGCUGACGCUGGGGAGGAUAGAAAGGCCGCUCUUUGA